UCUUGAGCGACUACGACACUGACCGCACAGUAGGUUUACGCCGUUUUGUACACGGCAAAUUAAUAUUAUUAUAUUAAAUUCCGCACUCUGUCAAUAAACGCGCGCACGCUGCGUCGCAACAGUACACACGUCCGCGCACGUCUCAGAGUCUCAGACCUCGGUGUACUAUUCACUCGAACACUCAAGACUCAAGUACUCAGCACGUCCGCGAGUUUGUCAUUCUUACUUCGUUCCGUUCAAUCAUCAUCAUUCUAGUUCUUCGUUCAUACUUCGUCGAAACAAAUAGGUACUUAAACGAUUGUUUAAAGUAUUGAUUUUGUCGUAAGUCAAUAAGGUAUCAUAAAAGGAUGGAUUCCAUAAAACAAGUUAAUAUGAAAUGUAAAAACAUGCUUAUUGAAUAUGAGCAGAUGCAAAAUUUAGAUGAUAUAAUUUGUUCAUUAUCGGAAGAUGAAACUUCGGUGAUCCACACAAGGCAUGAAGAGUUUGUGAAAUCAAUGUCACUUAUAACUUUAGAUAGUAGUCCAAUUACACGAACAACAGUGGCAGGAAACAUUUUUGCAGAACUUUUAUCUAAAAAAAUUCUUCCUGUGGAAGCCAUAACUCGAGGAAUCGAUGCUGUCCUUAAAGAUUGGAAUGAUUAUUUAAUGGAAUACCCGCAAUUUUUCUCCUAUAUUGCUGCAAUUAUUGCUCCAUUAUUACUAUCACAAAAUGCUUUCUUUGAUUUCAACAAUUUAAAAGAUUGUUGUACAUCAAUACGACCAGACAAUUCUACUCAAUUUUUCACAGAAGUAUUAAAUACAAUUCUUAUUUCCAAGGAAACGCAGAACAUUAAAGAACAACGAGGUGGUAUGUUAUGGAUUUACAAGAAGUGGCUGGCUUCUAAAUAUGUUCCUCUUGACAUAUUUAUACCUCAUAACCAAAUCAAUAAAUAUUUUGAAAAUGAUAGAAUUGGAGCAUUCCUUUUAUCUAUUGCUAUGUAUGAUCAAUUGAAGAUGGCAGAUAAGAAACUACAACACGAUAUAUUGAAUAGUUGGAUAACUACUAAUAUCAGUGCAGAAGUAAUAAAAUGCCCUCAGUUUAUGCGAGCAUUAACUAUAGCUAUUUUCAUUGACCGUAUAAAUUCAAUACAUCCAAAUGAGGAUUUCUUGGUUCAUUGUCAUGUGAAAUUGUUAACCCAUUAUAUUCAGUCUGAAGCACUUCCAGUUUCUGAAAUUAUUGCAAGGGAAGUGCAAUGUCUGUACGGAUUUCAAAUUAUGUCUGCUGCACUUGAAUAUCCUGAAAAAAUGGUAUUAAGACUGUUCCAUCAUCUCUAUCAGGAUAGUGUUAUAAGUAAAGAAUCUUUUCAAACGUGGAAAAAAGAUGACAAAUUCAAUUCUGGAUUCGAUGAAGACCUAGAAACAAAAAAUAUGACUGUUUUAAAUUCAUUCUUCAUUCAACUUGAACUAAACGAUUCUGAUGAAGAUGAUACAGAUGAGUAGUAUAACGGCACUAACUUCUGUCUGUGUGUAAUCAAUAUUCAUCAAUUGACACAAAUUCUUUUUUUAUUUUAUUUUAUGGUAGAUAAACAGAUAAAUUUAAAAAAAAAAAGUCAAAUACUUAGCUAUUGAUCAUUUAUUUCCGUUAGAAUUAAAUUAUUUAUACAUUUACAAAUAUUGGUAUACAUUGUUUUUUUUUUUGUUUUUUUUUAAUAUGUCAACACACUAUCUGUCUUCUUCCUCUAGCCCACGCGCAACUUAUUGACAAAGCCUGUAUGUACAGAAACAUUUUCUUAUGUUUU